AUCAAUAUCUACCUCUCAAGCUAAGUUUAUCAACAAUCAAUUGAUAAAUAACAUUUAAAAAGGCAACAAACCAAAAUUUUGUUAGUGUCAAUGAUGAGUUUCAGUCGAACAAUUGGACUAUUUUUUCUUUUUUUGGUGCAAGCUCAUAGCUUGCGCCUAGUCAAUGACGCCGCCGUUUUGUACUUGACUUUUAAAGAAAAUUCAAUUGAUUUAGCCGUAAAUUUGGGCGAAGAAGUAAAAAUUUCGGGUGAAAUCGGUUUCAAUACAAGCGUUACUUCUGAAGGGAAUUGUAACAGUUCGGGUUGUUCUUUUAAAAGCGACGAUGAAGAUUUUAUCGUUGGGUUCAUCGACAGCGGUUUUAGUAUUUACUGGGAAAGCAGUAACUUGGAAAAAGAAUUUCGGGAUUGUUUAGACUUGAAUGGAAGCAAUACAAAUUGGUUUGGUGGUCCCGAAAAAUGGCAAGCUGACUGGCCUAUAGAAAAAACAGUUAUUGAUAACAGACUUUAUACCACUCUUAAAACCGACAAUGGGGCUGUUGCCGAGCGGUAUUGGUUGAAUUCUAAAGGUGGUUAUGCUUUUGUCACAGACAGGGUUCCCUUGUAUUUGGAUCAAAACAAGAUUAGAGAAGACAGUGUUUGUUUUAUAGCAUCUGCGACUCCCCCUUAUAUUAACAGAACUAAGGUCGUUUUGGAGUAUAAUCUUGUGGUUAAACCGGACCCUAAGGAAGCCCAAUUACAUGCAGUUAACAACUUUUUGGGCAAACCGACAGAACAUCCUAAUGAAUGGAUUGUUCGGCAUCCCAUUUGGACCACUUGGGCUAAAUACAAAGCUGCAAUAAACGACAGUAUCGUGGUGUCAUUCGCGCAAGACAUUGCCGAUCAUGGGUUUGUAGGCCAAAUCGAAAUUGACGACAAAUGGGAGGACUGUUACGGUUCUUUAACAUUUAGUGAAGACACAUUUCCCGACAUAAAUCAAACAGUUCAGACUUUAAAAGAUUUGAAUUUUACUGUUACCAUAUGGACACAUCCUUUCGUCAAUGAUGAUUGUGCAGAAACUGUAACUUAUGGCCAAGAACAUGGUUAUUUCGUGAUUGAUGAUUCUGGUAGCGACGAGACUUCCUGGUGGAAUGGCCAAGCCCAUCAUCUUGAUUUUUCGAAACAAGAAGCAGCAAAAUGGUUUACUGAUCGCUUAAAAUUGCUGCAAGAGAAGCACGGAAUUGACGGUUUUAAAUUCGAUGCGGGUGAAAGUGACUAUGCUCCCUGGCACCCUAUUGUUAGCGGUGAUCCAGAAUUGAGCCCCAAUUCUCUAUCGGGCGAUUAUAUCAGAACUGAUGCUGCUUUUGGCGGCUUGACUGAAGUUAGGACUGGUUGGAGGACCCAAGACUUGCCAAUUUUUCUCAGAAUGCUUGACAAAGACUCAAGGUGGACGUUAAACAACGGUCUUUAUUCUUUAAUAACAAGUCUUUUGUUAUUUAAUAUCAAUGGUUACGUAUUUGUUUUGCCUGAUAUGAUUGGUGGGAAUGGUUACACCGAAAAACCAACGGCCGAGCUGAUGGUGCGGUGGACGCAAGCUAACACUUUCAUGCCUGCGAUGCAAUUUAGUUACCUCCCUUGGGAAAUAACCAGCGAUGAGUUCGAUAGUCUUGAAAUAACAAAAAAAUUCGUUGCUUUGCAUGCGGAUUACGCGGAUGCUAUUAUCGAGGCAAUGAAUAAUAGCAUCGCAACUGGCGCUCCAGUUAACCCACCCAUUUGGUGGGUUGACCCAACUAAUCCAGAUGCACUGAAAGCGAAUGAUGAGUAUUUGCUGGGGGAAAACAUUCUUGUGGCUCCUGUCAUCCAGGAAGGUGCCACUAGUCGCGAUAUUGUGCUCCCAACCGGGUCUUGGAAAGACGGGAAUUCGGAGACAGUUUACAAAGGUCCGCAAAUUCUCAAAGGUUAUGCGGCUCCAAUCGACACUCUCCCAUAUUUCAUAAGACAAUAAGCAUUGUUAAUAAAUAAAAAAUCCUGUAUUGUAUUAAGACAAUAAACACGUGGUUUAUCAAGGUGAAAAACAUUUUAUUUUCGUUCUGUGGAUUCGGCAUAAUCGAAAAGGUUAAAAGUUAUCGCAUAAUGUGCGUAUUUUUUGAUAACCGCACUUACAAGGAAAAUGUCGGGCUACUACAAGGUUAUCACCGUAGAAUUCCCAUCUUCGGCAAUGAGCUGCAACAACUUUUUACCACACAAAUUCUAUUUCACAAUUGUAACAAAAUGAACACUCGUUUUUACUCCGUAAUAAUUGUACUAAGUUUGUCGAUACUCAGUUCGGUAAGUUCUCCAAUAACUCAAAAAUCGGUUAGUGCCAACACCACCACCGAAAUUAAUGGCUGGCAUAUCGACGAAGAAAAGAAGACGAAGAAAAUUGACGGAAAACGACUCUUUGACGUAAAGCCGAAUUGUGGAGGAACAUUUGUCAAAACAUUGGGAACUUGCAUUUCUGGAUCCACCUUCAAUGUUAAUUAAAUAAAUUGUCUUUGACGAAACGCAAAUUUUGUAGUUUGGUUAGUAUGAUAUCAAAUGAGCUUUGUGCGGGUCAAUUUUGUAUUAUCUCGAACGUGUUAUUGUGAAAAUAUUCCUUACCUAAUAUAAAAACUUGUGAUUUGUGAUGAGCCAACAUGUGGUAUUUCCUUAAACUAACUUUCCUCUUUCAAAUCGCGCUGUUUAUGUUUUUUAUAAGAGCAUUGGCUAGUCCUGCCGACAAGCCUGAAAGCGACCAAGUCGAAAACUCUGAAAUCACGACUCCGAGGGAAAUGCAAAGACAAUAUGCCAUUUUCACACCCAGAUGUUCACAGAUUAGACUCAAUAAGAGGUGUCGAUCGUUUUGGCAUGAUAACACAAAUAAUAAUUGAUUAUGGAACCUGUUUUUAAUAAAAUAAGUUUAAGUAUUUGUUUCAUUUAUUUUCCCUGUGCUGUGUACCAAAUAAUCUGCGCUAAAAGGUCGAGUCUCGAUCUCUGAUUAUUUUAUUUCAAAUGUUAUCGUAAAACCUCCGAGUCUUCAUUUACGUUUUACUUAAAAGAAUUAUGAAUUUCAUCGCGUUUGGGCUAAUUCUGCUCGCAUUUUCGCUAUGUUUGGCUGAUCUGAGCACAACACCAGCGACUAAGGCGAGCAAUGUCACCUUGGCUUCGAGAAAUUUGAUGAGUGUGAUACGUUGCCAGCCGCCGAAAAUUUUGGUGGAGUCGCGGUGUGUCCUAGCUUGGUGAUUUUUUAUGUAUUGUUCUAAGAAAUAAAGAGAUGUUUCGUAAUGUAGACAGUGAUAAGUUAUUUGUGGUCGCCAUUCUCUGCUGAUUAUGCGUAUUUUAUUAGCCAAUAUGAAAUUCGUUUUGCUUUUUUUAAUAAUAAUUACUCUUGGUGUGGGUUUUCCCACGAAGAAUUCAACGAACGAAUCGUGUUUAUCCUGUACCGAGCCUGAUCGAGACUUCAAAAUAUUUUAUCCGGAUGAAACAACAGUUGCUCCGAGUGCUAACGUCUCAAAAUUAGAUUUUACUCAAAGGAACCUUUUUAGAGUCAGAUCUAACUGCAACCCGGGAGAACGUAUGGACAGAGCAGGCCGUUGCCGCGAAUUAUUUUAAUAACCCAAAUAUAUUUUUGCUGUACUUUUAUCAAGCAGAAUAAAAAACAAAUAAAUAAUUGAUAACACUUG